GUGAGGCUACCGGAAGUUGAUUAUCUGCUGCUGUCUGGCUGACGAGUUCCUAGCAUUCUUCUUGUGCUUACCAGCUUUUACCGACCUGAGGACGAUUGAUUUACAGAAACUGGAACCAGGCACAGAGGCAGUUUUAGGCAUGUGUGUACACCUUAGGUUUUCCAACUGGAGGAGUUAGUGUGGCUCCUUUCCCAAUAUCCGGAGUCUCCAACCAUGGCCACCGGUGGGAAACCAGUCCCGGUGCCUAGGGGCUCUCGGGCAUCCAGAGAACAUGGGCAGAGUUCUUUGCACUCUCAGCUUGGUGGCCGCAGCAUGGCAACACUAGCUGCAGAUGCAGCUGCUAGCGUGGCUCAAUCUCAUGCACAGAGGAGUCAAAUGCAUGGUCAGAUGAAUGAGGCAAGGGCUAAAACUGUGCUUAAAGAAGCAGUGGACGCUGUAGUAAACAGCUUUGCAAAGCACACCCAUGGUUAUGGCAGAGUAAAUGUUGUGGAAGCCCUCCAGGAAUUUUGGCAGAUGAAGCUAGAGCGAGGGGCAGAUUUAAAGAAUGGGGCUCUUGUGGUCUAUGAGUCACAGCCUACAACCACCCCACCUUAUGUGUGUUUUGUUAGUCUUCCUGGGGGAAGCUGUUUUGGCAGUUUUCAGAACUGUGCUACUAAGGCCGAAGCUCGCAGAAGUGCAGCCAAGAUAGCACUCAUGAAUUCAGUGUUCAAUGAACAUCCUUCUCGUAAAAUCACUGAUGAGUUUCUUGACAAGGCUGUUGGUGAUGCAAUUUCAUCAUUUCAGGGUAGUUCUGCAGAUGUAGAUGACCCCAGCACUGGCAUUGGAGCCUUCAAAUUUAUGCUAGAGGCCAACAAGGGUCGCUCCAUGCUUGAGUUUCAAGAACUUAUGACGGUCUUUCAGCUGCUUCAUUGGAAUGGUAGUCUCAAAGCUAUGAGAGAGCGAAACUGCUCACGGCAGGAGGUUCUGGCUCAUUACUCACAUCGGGCACUAGAUGAUGACAUGCGCUCUCAAAUGGCACUGGACUGGAUAGCUAGAGAGCAAGAAACAUCUGGCAUCAUUAGCCAGGAACUGGCUGUGGCAGAGCAGGAACUAGAAAGUGCUCGUCUAGCUGGAAGAGAAUUACGUUUUUACAAGGAGAAGAGAGACAUCCUUGUUUUGGCUCUCAGUCAGAUUAGCCCAGUGGAAAGCCUGGCUUAAGCAUGAUAUAUUAAAUAAAAUGAUGGGUGAUUGGGAUGGGUAUGAUAUAAGAUGUAUGGGUAGGAGUAGGUGCUGUAUUCUUUUGGUAAAACAGGGAUACAGCUGUUGUGUCCUAAUAAUGAUACUGAUUACUAUUUUAAUCUUGUGAUAUUUUAACACUCUUAACUUUCCUCUCUUCUUAUUUUUCUGUCUUUACAUGAUCUGAACAGUUUUUAUUUAAUGUGAGACUGCCAUUUGAUCACUCAUUUUUUGUAGCGCUGGACAAAAUUAUGUACUGAAAAAAAUUUGAGCAAGGGAACAAAAAGAUAAACACACAAAACAAAAAUGGAAAUGUUUAGAUUUUAGUAAUAUUUGGUAUCAUAUGAUCCUUUUGACAUUUUUAUCUUUCACUUUUCAUUUUAUUUUUAAGUUUUGAUUUUCUCUCACUGUUCCAAUACCUGUUAGAAACUAACCAUUUAAUGUGAACCUCUAAGCCUCAUCUGUAUUUUUACCAGAGACUGUACUGCAAAUUGCAUACUUAUCUAUCCAUAGCUGUGAAUUAGAAAGAACUUGCCAGAAGUCAUGACAUCUCGGUGUUUUAGGGAUGUCUGCAUCAAUUUGUGGGAAAAUAGCUGUGUAUCUACCAAGGUGUAUACAUUGAUGACUUAGUGUCAUUGGUAACAUUUGAAAUAAAUAAACACAUGAUAGAAAGUAACAUCUAGUUUUCGUCACAAAAUUCCAUAUUCAUAAAGUGUGAAGAAUUCAAGUUGGACCUCCUAGCGAGUUGUCUCAAGCAAGAUACACUUAAAAUAUGGGUAAAUGGCUAUUUUCCUUGUCACCACAAUUUUUACUGUUGUGUGUGAAAAUAUUUUCUUCUUCUUUGACAUAAUAAAGAUGUCACCUGCAACCAUAAUUUAUUUCACCACACGAGAAAGCUUCUGUUUGUAUCUUUCUGUAUUAGAUUUUUAAAAAGAAGUAAAAGCUAUUGUCGUAUUGAUUUAAUAAAAUUCUGCUUCAGCAUGGGCUGUUGUGAAACAUACAAUUAAAAGUAACAAUAUCUGCAAACAGUAAAUGGAUGUAUAGAUGAUUGAAGAAGCAUCAAUUUUCUUGUAGAAAAAAAAAAUCUCUACUGUCCCUUUCACUACUUGGUGACCAAAUUCAAAUGUAUUUCGUAUAAUUAAAAAAUAAUUUCUUAUUUGGAAUCCUUUUACUUGCGCAGACAUUGAAUUGUAAGAUAUAAAUGUUUAUUUUCCAGAUCUUCACACACUGAGUGUGUUUUUGUUAAUGUGUAAUGUAUAUGGUGCUCUUAAUUUGAUGACAGAUUUGAUAUUUGAAGAGGCGAAUACCCAGGAAUAGCUGCUGAUUGAAUGUUAUAAAUAUAAAAUUCACUUCUUGAGCCAAGAAAUGGAAAAAGCUUAUUUAGAAUUUCACAAUGAAAUUUGAAAAUAAAUUUGCAUUCUGAAUUUGAAAACUGAAACGUUAUAAAAACCUGUAGUUCUUAUCUGAAAGGCUGAUUUCCUGUACUUGUGUUGAAACUUUUAUCUCUGGCAGUCUGUUUCAUGCACAAGCCCUGAUAUAACCUUAGAUGCUUGAAUGGCAUAAAACACAACAAACUCCUCCAUGCCCAAAUCAUUAAUGGGUUUUACAAAUGUACAAGACUUUAAUUUUUAGAGAAAUUAUAAGAUGUGUUCUCUUAGAUUUACAGUCUUCAGAAUGUAGUGUGCAGUGUAUUAGUGGCCAUUCACAGUGUUUGUUGCCUUUGUGCCUUAGAUGCUCCUUGUUUGUUAAAAAAAUAUUGUUAGCUAUUUUUGUGCUUCCUGUAAAUUGGUUGCUGACCAUUUUGUCAAAAUUGUUGGCUGAACUUAUCUGCUUUAUUUGGUUACUCCCUUUUUGCUCCAUUUGAAGUUCAUGGAAAUAUUUCUAAGCCAGAAAGGCAAUAAAGACACAUACUUUUCUAAAGUAAAAAUUCUUGUUAAGAAAACUCAUAAACAUGUUAGUACAUACUGUAUUUGUUUUGUACAUAUGGCAGAAAACUAAGGUCACCUCACUGCCACCUUGUCAUACAAGAAUGAGAUAGUUGCAGCUCCUGUCUGAGAAGGGUUUACUUUAAAAAUGUAUGGCUAUUUACUGUGUUUGUGAGCAUUCAUUUUUCUCUUUUUUUGUUUUUAAACUGCUCUUAACUAUUGCAGACUAGUUGAAUUUUUUGGUGAGCCUUUUUUUAUGUUGCAUCUUUACUUGUUCCCAUUACUUGAGAUUCACAGCUCAGCUUGAGAAAGUUUGCAAACUGUACUGCUGUACAGAUUGGCAAGGCUAUUGCUUAUGAAUUUUAAGAUAAUUUUGUCAUUAUUAAAGGACUUUGCCAUAUGAGAUUUUGAAUGCAGUUAAAGGAAGAAAUGUGCCUUUAUCAUUAGGGUUGUGUAAGUUCAGUCAUCUAAAAGGAUUUUUCAAAAGGGAUGAUGAAUGCAUCAUCGUUUUCUUUAUAUGUUACUAUAAUAGUUGUUAUUGUUCUGUCUUGUUGGCUGUGCAAAUUUUAACGAUAUACAAGUGAUAACAUGAAGAAUUCCUUAUGGUGUAUGUCAUUGUUGUGGAUGUUUUGCCACCUUAUUGUUGUCGCACCUGAGUGGACUAGCUCACCGUAUAGCAUUCAAUAGUUGCUGCGUAAUCAUAAAAUUCAUCUUAUCAUGGAUGUACAUACUGUAGGUCCAUGAUCUAAAUUGCUUGCAAGGAGAAGCAGAACAUUCAAAUCAAUCUUGUUUAUUGAUUUUUCACUUAAAUUUUCAAUUGCACACACAGUCAUAACGAAAAACAAAAGCAAGAAAAUGCACAGCACAUAUCAAUAGCUUUCUAUGAAAUAUGUUGCUGCUGUGUCGAUUGAAAGAGAUAAAAUUGCAGUUAGAUUAGUUUAAAAUAAUGCAGAUAAAGUUGCACAGGUCUAAUAAGUGUUUAAAUUCUUUUCUGCUUUUCUUUUUUUUUUUUUAUUGAAGAAAUGAUACCAAAAAUGCUUAACUGUAAAAUCUUGUACUAAGUAUGUAUGCUCACUGCAAGGAUUUGAAUUCACAAGUCAUGUAUUGUUGUGAUCUGGAAAAGAAGGUAUUAAAGAAAAUUCAAAAUCUAAUAUUUUCUCUUUUGAAGCUGUAAAGAGUGCUUUAAAUAAUAGUUUGUUGUAUUACUAUAACAAGGGUGCUCGUCAACAACUAUCACAUUUGUUUGUGGGCAUAAUAAUUCUUAUUUUCAUUAAAGCUUUUCCUGUCUUGCGA